AUAAUAGCAAACGGGGCCGACAGAAGAAGUGUGUGGUUCGGUGUGGAUUGAUACACCAAGGAAAAGCAGUGAAAGCUCGCUUUUGCUGAAUGCAUUGGGCGUGAUUGGGCGCUCCGAUUUUUCCCCAAAUUAAUUAAUUGGUCUUAGUUAGAAAUGAGCGAGAAAGAAGCUUCGUACGGCACGAAUUUAUCGCAAGAGUCGAUAAAAGUCAUCGCCGAAAGCAUAGGCAUUGCCAACUUGCCCGAAGAAGCUGCCAGGGAGAUUUCGGAUGAAGUUUCCUACCGCCUAAAGCUAGUCGUCCAGGAUGCAGGGAAAUACAUGCACCAUGGGAAGAGGUCGAAGCUCACGACCUCUGAUAUAGACUAUGCGCUUAAGAUAAAAAACAUUGAGCCAUUAUAUGGAUUUAACUGUCCAGACGGCAUUCCAUUCCGAUUUGCUUCUGGUGGAGGUAGAGAACUGCACUUCACUGACGAAAAAGAGAUAGACUUGGCCGAACUGACCAGUAUUGCUCUGCCAAAGAUGCCAAUCGAGCCCAGUUUGAGGGCCCAUUGGCUCUGCAUCGAUGGAGUUCAGCCGACCAUUCCCGAAAACCCGCCACCUGUUGCUAAAGAAAUCCAAAAGCUGGAAAGCAUUGACCCUGCUGGAGCAACGACUAAGAAAGAAAAAGGAGACAUGGCGGGAAAGCCUGUCGGCAAGGUCCACAAAUUACGGAACGUUGAGACCGUCCAUGUUAAACAGUUGGCAACACACGAACUUUCAGUUGAGCAGCAACUGUACUACAAAGAAAUUACAGAAGCGUGUGUUGGAUCAGAUGAAGCAAGACGAGCGGAAGCGCUCACAAGUUUAUCCUCCGAUCCGGGUCUGCAUGAGAUGCUGCCUCGGAUGUGCACUUUCAUCGCCGAGGGUGUUAGAGUGAACGUAGUUCAAAAUAACCUAGCCCUUCUUAUUUACCUUAUGAGAAUGGUGAAAGCGCUACUUGACAACCAGUCUUUGUAUCUGGAAAAAUAUCUCCACGAAUUGAUUCCUUCUGUGACGACGUGCAUUGUGAGUAAGCAACUAUGCAUGAGGCCUGAACAGGACAACCACUGGGCUCUGCGGGACUUUGCGUCAAGGCUCAUGGCGCAGAUCUGCAAAAAUUUCAACACUUCGACAAAUAAUAUUCAGACACGUAUCACUCGGCUGUUCUGCAAAGCUCUCAGUUAUGAGAAAACGCCGCUAGCCUCACUCUACGGCGCUGUUGAAGGACUUUCGGAGCUUGGAGCUGAGGUGGUAAAAGUAUUUCUCGUGCCGAAAAUAAAGUCGAUCUCGGACCGAGUCGAGAAUCAGAUGAAUAACAGCAACGCUGACAAAAUCGCGGCUGACCACAUUAAGCCCUUGAUGGUGAGAACGCUGGUGCCUCAUCUAAAAACAAUGCGACCUGGACCUGAUUUCAUCGAGGACUACAAAACGGACUAUGGCUACCUGGGAAGCAGUUUGCACGCUGGAGUCCUAAAAGCGCGGCAACAGCCUCAAGCCACCACGCAGGCCAGAGCUCAAACCUCAUCAAUAAUCCAGCCAGCUGCACCAGGACGGACAUUCGUUGUGGGCAACGCGGGCAGUUUGCGGACGGUCACGCCAAGCAAUGUGACGCCGAAGUUCGUGAUGGUGCAGUCACAGCCAUCUGCUCCUACUGUCGUCAAAAUCAACUCAACACAGCAGGGAGCUAACUUUAGUACGCCGAACGUGAAAACAGUGUAUGUGACACCGAAAGUAGAGGCUGAUGACGACCCUAGCCCAUUGUGAAUAAACUUUGAUGUUAAAAUAAAAUUGCUUUUUAUGAAUUUGUGUAAGGCAAAGAAAUUUAUUUCGACUGAUGGACAUUGUAGCCAGUGCCGACGAUGAUCGGAGCAUUCUCCAUUUUGCCGUCCAAACUUUUCACUUCUCCAGGGUGGAUGGGAACCUGCGCCUGCACCUGCGCGUAGCCACCCUGCUGUUCGUAUCCCCUGAAGGUGGAAGGGUACCACGGCGCCUGCACCAGCUGCUGGGUACGCAGGAUGGCGAACUGGGCCGGCUGGUGCGGGGCGCUCACCUGCGGAAUCUGGGCCGCGAACUCCGCGUGCACCGGCUGCUGCAUUGGGGCUGCCUGAGGAAGGUGGUGAGUUACCGAGGGCGGCGCUCGCUGCCCUGGGUACGGACGGUCAGGCUGACGAACCGCAUAACGCGUCGGGGGGCUCGGGGUCACCUCCUCAGCUCCGCUGUCAAAACAAUUUUCGCUUUAAAUUUCAUUCGUAUGAGGGUCGAAUAUUUUUUGACUCACAAAAUCCGGUAAAUCAGAGGCAAGAAAAGUGCGUCAGCCACCAUUCCUGAAGAAAUUACCACCAGAAC